GCUGUCAAACAACGAAAAUCCCCCAUAUCUAGCUACUAAAACCCCUCCGCCCUUUAUCAAAUUUUCCUCGUUUCAGUAGUACUGCUCCAUGCUUCGGCCUCUCUUCUUAUUAUUCCCUUCUCCCUCUCUUCCUCCUCCACCAUGGCCUUGAAAAUAUCUCAAAUAAUUCUGAUCAUUCUUCUCUGGCUCUCUCUCCUCUUCUUAUUGUUUAAUGAGUUCUAUAACUUUAAGUCCAAGAUCAACGAAAAGCACACCUCCACCACCAUAAGCGCUUACUCAUCAACGCCUUCUCAUAUUCAACCUUUGAUCAGCAGAAAAGUUCUAGCCAGACAGUUCGACCUCUCACCAUUUGUAAAGCAUCACCAGGAUCAAAAGCAGCAGCACCAUCGCCGAACGGAACGUUCUCAUGAGAACACGCGUGAGCAUCAGCCCGAGCCGGGUGAUGAUCAAGGCGAGAUCGAUCCGCGUUAUGGCGUUGAAAAGCGCCGGGUCCCCACUGGUCCGAACCCAUUGCACCACUGAUGAUCAUGAUUUCUCAGGUAUUACUGAAUAUUAUACAGGAGAGAUCAAAAAUAAAUGGGUAGU